AUGGCGACAGUCUUGUUCAAGCCCACUGGGCUGCGUGGCCUAGUGAACCCAGCCCUCUGCGCCCUGCGCGGGGCUGCCGUCUCGAGUCAAGCUCCUCUCAGCACCAACCCGUUGUCCCGCUGGAUGCUAGCCCUACCCCGCCGCCCCAUGGUCCUGCCUCGCCCGGGCCGCCGCCUCGCACACCAGGAAACACCGCGACCAGCCUCUGAAAAUAGCACGCACGGUGUUGUAAGCUUUUCCAUGUGUCGCCAGACCCUAACUUCGACAUUGCGAGCCACUACCUCCACUACCGGGGCAGCAGCAAGCAGCGUCAUCAAGGCGGCGGGCCGUAACCCCAGUGAUUACGUGGCCAACCAAACUACCCUUACCUUCGCCCACAAGUUUGUCCUGGUCGCGACACUGAAGUACUGGCCCCACAAGCUCCCGCAGACUGUGAGCUUGGGGGUGCUAAAUCAAGCCUACGGGCGCUUUCGCAUCAUUGCCGCCACCCUCACCAUCUUUCUCAUGCUCAAGAUUGCCAACAUGGCCAUGGUGCUCGGGCGUCAAGCCCGCGACGGCGGAGAUGAGUGUUUGUAUGACACCAAGACGGCGCGCGAGCUCCAGCAAGCAAAACGUCAAUGGAAGCGCGAGUUUCUUGAACGUGAAGAAGCUCGCUUGGCAGCAGAAAAGGCGGCACAGCCCUCCGCUUGA